AUGAACAUUACACAAAAGGCCUUUCUCUAUGAAAUGCACAUGAUGAAAUUUCAUCACAAUGUUAAUCCAUCAGCAUCAUCAAAUAAUAAACAAAAUCAAAAACAUGAAGAACAUCAUGGUAUUAAAUUUGGACCACACAAUUGUCUCUUCUGUGCCAUGGAAUCACGUGAUGGCAGUAACGUGAGAGAAUUCUUCAGACAGUGGCCACAAAAUUCCGAAUCAAAGAAUUUCCUCUUACUUCCCUUAUCAAAUUUAAUUCAACAUGUGAGUGGAUCGGAUAUAACAGGUGGUACAGCCUUUUACAUUGAAUCAGAGUGUCUUCCAAUAAUGGUUCAGUUUUUGAAGAGAUAUGAUAUGGAAUUUACAUCUUUUUAUGCUGCUAGGAUUAUUAAUAUUAUUAUGAGGAAAUGUUGUGAAGAAGCAAUUGUUGAAUCAGGAGGACAGGGAUAUUAUGGAAAAACAUUUCCCUUAUUGCAAAAUUUGAUAAGUGUUAUAGUUGAUCAGCAUACGAUAGAGAAGAGGGAGGUUUUGAUGUGUUUUGCUAGUAUUUUCAAAUUUGUGGUGGAGAAUCAAAUAUCAUCGAAAGAGGAGAAACAGACCAGAAGGAGUUUACUUGCUAAAAUUGCAAAAAUUGAAAUGAUUGAUGCAAAGGCAGUGGAGGCAAUUUUACAUUGUUUCAAAUUUAUUAAUGAGUGGCAAUUUAAAUCGGAAGUGAAAGAUUCUGCAACAAUUUCAAAGAUUAAACAGCAAGAAGUACAAGCAGAAACAAAAUAUGUAACCAUUGAAAAUCAUCUUGUGGAUACAAAGAAAAUGGGAAAGGCUACCUAUCAAAUGGAUUUACUUACGAGGCAGAAUAUGUCAACUGUGAAUGAAAAAUUCAUGAAAAUCACUGUGGUGGAUUGUCUACGAUGUCUAACAAAGGCAGUUUAUUGGUUUUCACAAAUUGAAUACGAAGAAUUUGAAGACAUUAUCUUGUUAUCAAGAUUGUCGAAAGAAUUAUUUAGUGAAAUGGCUAAACUCUUGAGUGAAACAAGUGACUAUGCCACACAAUGUUACAUUAUUGAAGCAUUUCAUAAUUUCAGCCAGAGGGAAUACGCUAGUAAGGAAAUUCUAUCAGAACUUUUACUUGAUACACUCAAUGGCACUAUUUAUUUUGAAUCACAGAGACUGGAUAAUUUGGAUAGAAGUGUUGGUUGGAAAGCACCAAUAGGAACACUUCCAGAAUCUGGGUGGGAAGCUGGCACCAAAUGGAUAAACACUGAAGGAGUAUUGGAACCUCAAUACUAUGAUACAAAUUUAAAUUUGAAAAAAUCCUUGAGGAAGUUAUUAACAGAGGAGGAUUUGGAAAAAAUCAAGCCACCAAACUCACAACCAACACGUAAUGAACCACGAAUGGCGAUUGCAACCAUACCAAAAAUACUCAAAACAUGUGCAGUGUGUGGUUCGACACAGAAUCUUAAAGUUUGUGCCAAAUGUAAAAAGGUGCAUUAUUGCUCCAGAGAAUGCCAAGUUAAUGCCUGGAAAGACCACAAAAAAUCGUGCAAACCAUAG